AUGGUGGGGGAGAUGCAGAGCAGCUUGGAGCGAGUGAGGCGGCAGCUCUCCUCCACAUCCACUCGGCAGCUCCUGCAGGGGCCCCUCUUGAAGCGAUCGGACACGCAGUUUCAGUUUGACAGCAUUGCGCCUGAACUUUAAUCUUGGCUGCUAGAUACCAGCGGGCAGCGGCACAGUUCAUAAUCCAGCCACUUGUUUUACUUCGGUUGAAAUAACCAAUGAGCAAGUAAAGGUUUCUGGGCGAGCCUGUAGUUACUAUUACAGGAAAAAAUACCUGACAAUAUGAAGGUGUGAACUCUGAGCUCUAACUAUUAUGUGCCAAUGGCUUUCAAGGAAAAAUAAACUAUGAUGUGCCCCAGCAUCUCAACCUUCCCUCUUUUAUUGAUAAAUCUUACGCUUUGAAUGUCAGCUAAGAAAAUGGAAUGAGCGGUGGAUCAUACUUGAUCCUACAAAUGGAAAGAUCGAAUACAAGGUUCGUAAGAGUGACACUGACAUUAGGGGUAUAAUUGUGUUUGAUUCGACAAGCACAGUGACAGUAUCUCCUAUGAACUUUCAUGGACUGGCAAAAUAUGAUGGAUGCUGUUUCUACAUUGGGACUCCACAGAAAAAGGAGUACUUUCUUUGUGCAGAAACUCCCAGCGCUGCAAGAGCAUGGGUAUCCACUUUACAUGCAACUCAGUUGGUACUACAGGCUCAUAAGGAGGCAGUGAAUUCGUUGGGUGGGAAUGGUUCGGCAAAAUUGGGCACAGUUGCUACCGUUGUGGCUGUAGCCAAUGCCACUGCAGUCGAAGCAACCAAAGAGGUAGAAGCAGCAAUGAAGAUUUCCCUGAAGGCAGCUUUGGGAUCAACUGCGAAUAAGCUUACCAAAGGUCAAUUAGAUGAUCUCACAAUCAUGAUGGAGACCCUUCGAGUUAAAGAUGAUGAACUCCACCAGCUAUUGCAGGAUAUUCGUGCACGUGAUUCUACCAUCAGUGAGAUUGCAGAUAAAUUACAGGAGACUGCAGAGGCAGCCGAAACUGCUGCUUCUGCAGCACGUUCAAUUGAUGAAGAGAGAAGAUUUUUGUCUUCAGAACUUGAGCGUCUGAAACAAGAUCAUGAGAAACAAGUUGAAUUAUCUUUGCUUAGGUUGAGAGAAUCAGAGGAGAAAGCAAAGCUUCUUGCUGAAGAGAGAGAUCAUUUGCUUACGGAGAGAGAUUCUGCUCUUCAAGAAGCUCAGAUGUGGCGUUUUGAACUAGGAAAAGCUAGAGGAAAUGCUGUAAUUUUAGAAGCAGCAGUUGUCAGAGCUGAAGAGAGAGCUAGAGUCUCAGCAGCAGAAGCUGACAUGCGUGUAAAUGAAGCUGUGAGCAGACUCGAGUCUGCCACAAAAGAAAAGGAAGAUCUCUUAGCCCUUGUGGAUGCUCUGCAAUCACAAAUAAAAAGGCAAGAGACUAGCACAAUACAAGUUUGUGAGGAGAGCUCGGAGCUCUGCUGUACUGCUUCGAAGCACGUGGAAGAUGAUAAUGUGGAUAAGGCUUGCGUAAGUGAUACGGACCCAAUGCCCGUUACAGAAAACAUUGUCGAGCUGGAUGAUGAGGGAGUUGAUAUCCGUACGAUCGGGGACACUGAGUGGGACAAUCCUCUUUCUUCUGAAGUAUCUGAUGUAAGGGAAGUAACAACAGAGCCCGAAGAAAGCAGCUUGGAUAUUCCUAUUGAUGCUUGACGGCCAACCAGUUACUGAGUGAUUUACAAGGCAAACUGGACUGUGGCCAUUCUUGUUCGCCGUGAUCAGUUGUACUACUAGGUUCCAAUUUUAGUUCAUUACAGACAUUCUUAUUCAAGUUUCACUACGAGCUCCUAGACUUGAAUCCCUUCAAAUGUGUGUUUUCUGUAUCUACUGAAGUAAAAUAGCACAAUUGUGUGAGUGCACAUCCGAACUUCCAUGUUUAGAAGUUCAGCAUUGGCAAGAAAGAAUCCUCAUUCAGGAUAUAGUGUUCUAUUUUGUACGAGCCGUGAACUCUAAUUCUUUCUUUUUACAUCUAUAUAAAAAGGUUAAUUUGACA